AUGAAUGAGAAUCAACUAAAAGAAUUAUAUAUAGGAAACUUACCAUACUCUGCAAAUGCCAAGAAUGUUGCUGAUGCAAUAGAAUCCUAUUUUUUUAAUUGCAGCGACAGACAGUGUAAGGUUUACCGGUGUGAAUUACGUAGUAAGGGAGAAUUCAGGAACAAAGGGUUUGGCUUCAUUUCAUUGAGACCAAACGAUGCCGAUGAUUUACUUGGAUUUGCGCAUGAUACUCCUCCGGAACUUAUGAGAAGAACAUUAAACAUACAGGAAUCACGAAACCCACGGCAAAUGGAUAUGGAAAAUUUAUUAAUGGAAGAAGAAAAGUUCCAAGUCGCAAGUCUAGAAUUAGGAAAUUGGGCUGGUCAACACCCGGUGACGGAGGGUAAAAAAGAGAAAUGGACUUUCACAAAUCGUUGGAAUUACCCUCAUAAUGAAUUAACGUUAACUGUCUCGGAAUCAGAGAGGUCUUUUCUAUUAGACGGAUUUGCGGAUUCAAAUACUGCCUCGGAAUCAGAGAUGUCUUUUCUAGACUUAUUUGAGGUUUCACUUAAUGACAAAAAAAAACGUGUUAAAAUACCCUUUAACCUAUUGGAUGGGAGGGAAGGUGUCCUCUUUGAUUCACGAGAGGAUGAGUUUUCAGUGUACCUCUCUUUAAAACAUCCACCUAUGCUAUACCGAAAAGAAAACUUUCUUGAGUUACUUUCGUCGCAAAGAACGAGAUUUCUAUACGAGUCGUAUGUGAGUGAGCAGUUUAAACGAACCUUCGAUUGGACGGGAACGUUGAAAGUGUUCGGAAUAUCGCGUGUCUACCGAUUAGUGUUCAAGGAAAAUGUCAGGGAGAUAAAGGAACUCCUGAGAAAAACUACAAUACGCGGUGUCCCGAAGACUAUCCCUCGCGCUAAAGUGAUCACGAAAAAAGCGACAGAAUUAUCCUCAACAUACUUGAGUCACGCGUUUGAAACUUUGCCUUUCAUGUUAAGCUUUAAAUUGGAAUGUUUGCUAUCAUACGGCAUUGUCACGUACGAUGAGAUUCACGAUCACCAUAUUGUAGAUCGAUUGAUCGAGCUCGUUGACGAAGGAAAGGAGACAAUUGCUUGGUACGCCCUGAAUCAAGUGGCAACAAAGCAUUGGGAUCCCUCUGACGAAUACUAUAGUCAACGUCCAAUAGAUAUAUUCAAUGUCGCCAUCCGAAACUUUCGUGGCGAAUACAAUGAAUGGCAUCCAGCAAACCCCAAAAUUUCGAGGAGAAACACUAAUAGAUGGGCGUGGGUGAAUCACACUAUAAUAACACCCACCAGUGAAUACUUUGAUGACCCCACGUAUGAACCGUCGAAUCGUAUCUUACGUCAGUAUGAUAAACAUAUUGAUAGGUUCAUGCGUGUCUCAUUUCGAGAUGAGGAUCUUGAUCGAUUGUUUGUUAGCGAAAAAGAUCAUGAUUUAUAUAGGGAGCGGAUCGGUUCAAUUAUGAGUAAUGGAUUUCACGUAGCAGGAAGGCAUUAUGAAUUCUUGGCCUUUUCUUCUUCGCAAUUGAGAGAAGCCUCUUGCUGGUUUGUGUCGGCAGAUGGUGACUUUAAUGCGGAUAUGAUUCGUUCUCGUAUGGGCGACUUUAGUUCCAUCAUGGCGCCCGCAUUGUACGCUGCGCGUAUGGGACAAUGUUUUUCGAGCACAGUCGCUACAAUAGAACUUGAUGAAGAUCAGGUGGAACAGAUACCGGACAUCUGGAAUAACGGAUGCAAUUUCAGUGACGGUUGUGGGACAAUAUCGGAGAGCCUUGCCAAACGCGUGGCGAAGCUUUACUGGGGAUCCCAAUGGAAAAGGGACAAGGAAGUACCCUCUGUUUUUCAGAUCAGAUAUGGAGGAACGAAAGGUGUGGUCUCAGUGGACCGAAGGUUAGAGGAAGAUGUACUGUGUACUCGUCCAAGUCAAAUAAAAUUCGAGGCACCAAUUUCCAGAAAUCUGGAAAUAUGUAAAGUGAUGAAGAAUCCUUUGACCGGACAUCUAAACCGACAAAUGAUUAUAAUACUAGAAUCCUUAGGGGUUCCGCAUAAGGUGUUUCUGGAAUUACAGGACACCAUGAAAGAAGACAUUGACUUGAUGAUGGAGAACGAGGAUAAGGCGCGCGACGUUGUAAAUCGAAGCGUCGGUUCGCGUGAAUGCUCCCACAUAACAAGGAGCAUAUUGAGCAUGAUUGAUGAGGGGAUGAUGAGGACCGAAGAACCAUACUUAAUAGGACUUUUAGAGUGCAAGAGGAUUUAUGCGCUGAAGAACUUGAAGUAUAAGGCGCGUAUCAUGAUGCCAAAAGCCUUUCUUCUGUUUGGAAUUUUAGAUGAGACGGGUAUUUUAGGACCUGGUGAAAUAUUCGUUCAAACGUCGAUCAUCAUAUCUCAAAAUAACACCUUUUCGAAGACCAAAGAGAAGGUAGAGAGGGAUCAUCGGGUGCAUGUCGGGAAAGCAGUUAUCACCCGAAAUCCAUGUCUACACCCGGGAGACAUACAAAUGGUAACUGCUGUAAAUGUUCCCGAACUCUCACAUCUCCGUAAUUGUGUUGUUUUCAGCAUGCAUGGAGAAAGGCCCUUGCCCAAUUGUUUGAGCGGCGGAGACUUGGAUGGAGAUGAAUAUUUUGUGUGUUUUGAUGAGAGAAUUUUUUUUGACGGUUCCGAAGAAUCGAUGAAAUAUGAUCCUCCAGAUCGAAAAAAACUGGACAGACCUGUGGAAAUUUCGGAUCUGCACGAGUUCUUUAGCGAUUUUAUGAUUAACAAUCGACUUGGUCAAAUUGCUAAUUUGCACAUGGCGUUUGCGGACUACGAGGCCGAGGGGGUACGCUGCAAUGAAUGUGUAUAUUUAGCACAAAUGCAUUCGAAGGCUGUCGACUUCAAUAAAACAGGCGUUCCUGUGACCGACACAUUGCCAAGAAUAGAGAAGUAUCCGGAUUUUAUGGGGAGGAGAACCUGUUAUCAAUCUAAAAAGAUUCUCGGAAAAUUAUACCGAAGAAUAGAACUCGAUCAACCUGAUGAAGAUUCUCUUCUCGGUUAUGAAGACAAUGUAGAGCCCAUGCAAGAGUUUCUCGCCAAAGGAUUCGAAUAUUACAUGGAGGAAGCGGUCAUAUGUAGAAACACAUAUAACUCGGAAAUCAAGGCUCUAAUGAAAAGAUAUGACAUCGACACAGAACCCGAGGUCAUCACGUCAAACAUCAUUAGUCAUAAUAUGAAUGGACGAAGAGGACAAGAUAUUCGAGAGAGAGUAUCGGGUGCGGUUUCUAAUCUCAUAUAUAAUUUCCGCAAAAAUUUCUUGAUGGGAAUAAGGGGAGAAGAGGAUGAGGAGACAAUGAGUGAAGACGAUGAUCAUUUUGGCUAUCACGUCGAAAUACCGGUGAAUGAAGAAACCAAAGCCAAAGCAUCGGCGUGGUACAUGGUCACAUACGGCAAAGAGAAUGUUGACACGGAUAAGAAAAGACUCUUGAGUUUUCCAUGGAUAGUUACGGACAUUCUGUUAGCCAUUAGAUCUGAAAAUCAAAGGGGAGAGAUGUGA